AUGACUCUCUAUCUUUGUCUCCCUCUGCUGGUCGUGCUCAUACAGCCAGCUCUGUGUCUCUACAACUGCUCUUCUGAGUAUGAGAGAAUCCCAGACAAUUCAGACAUGACAGUUGUCUGUGGUGCCACUACGAUCACACUGGAGAUCAACCUGUGCACGGCUCAGUGGUCAGGCUUCAACACCACAGACCUGGCUCUGAACGGGAACCACAACACUACUGAGUGCUAUGGCUCAAUCGACACCAGUGUGGAACCUCCGAUCAUCCAUUACCAGCUUCCUGUUAACCACAGUCAGAAUAACCCCUGCCGCCAGUCUCUGCAGAUUGUGGAUGAGGCCCCGGACCCCACAGGUCCGUUCAGCAGCUUCUCAAGUAUCCAGUCAGUUAUCAUCACCGGGUUCAUUGACACUCCCAGAUCUGACCAGGGUUUGAUCAGUUACUCCACAGACCUCUACUAUCACUUUUCCUGCCGCUACCCGCUGGAGUAUCUGAUCAACAACACACAGAUUGUUGCCUCCUCAGUUUCCGUGGCGACCAGCGAUAAUAAUGGAACCUUCAUUGAUACACUGAAAAUGAGUGUUUUUAAUGACUCUGACUAUGGCUACCCGUUAGUGGUACCUUCUACAGGACUUGAGCUACGAACCAGGAUCUAUGUGGAGGUCAAGGCUGUUAACCUCACAGGAAAUUUCCAUGUACUGCUGGAUCACUGCUUUGGCACUCCCACUGCUUACAACAUGUCGCGCAGCGAGCAGCACAACUUCUUCGCAGGCUGUUCAGUGGACCAAAUGACAACUGUGACAAGCAAUGGCCUUUCCAAGGUUGCCUGGUUUAACUUCGAGGCCUUCCGCUUUGUUCAGCACCGCAACCAGGCAAUGUCCAGCAUCUAUCUGCACUGCAUACUGAGACUCUGUGAGCCCAGCACAUGCCAAGAGCUCCUCUCUGCCUGUAAUAACAGAAGAAAACGAUCUGUGUCUCCUUUUGGAGAAGAAAGCAGUGAAUCUGCCACUGUUUCAGUUGGACCUCUUUACACUGCAGAAGAGAGGCCAUAUGCAGCUGCUUACAGUAAUGACGUGGCAUCAGAGACGGAAGAUUUGAAUGUGACGGGCCUGGUCGUGGGGUUGGUGUUCGGCUCGGCUGCUGCUACGUUGCUGGUUCUGGGUGGCUGGUUCGCCCUGAAGAGGUUUUAUUGGGUGGGAGGAUUACCCCAUGCCUUUAACUGACGGAUCAACCAGCAAAUUAUCUUUGCCUCAUAACAUAUUGUAAUUGUAUGUUUAUUGUGAGAACAUAAACUCAGAUAAUGUUGUGAUUUGUCAGCAAUAAUCAAAUAUUCUUGUCAGGUGACCAUAGAAUAAAAGCUCUUCUUGGUAUA